AUGUCUGAAUGUUCUUUGAAAAUAUGGACUCGCCUGAAAAGGAAGAGAUGCACAUGCGUACAGUCAAUUACUUCACAAAUUUACACCUUUUCCUUGAUAUCAUCAUGUUUCUACUCACAUAUAAGCAUGUUGCUUCCAAUUACGUUUAGGCCCAUCGCAGAGGCUGCAGUAAAGUUUGGUACCUGCGUCAAGCAGUGUUUUGUUUACAAUAAAAACAGCGAAGGAUUCUGUUACGAUGGAAAAGGUUGUCAACCUUCCAUAACGCAAAAGAAUCUGCGAACUUCUUUGAGAAUAUGUUUGGCUCAAACCGGGUGGAAGAGCCAUGCUUACGAUCUGUGCGAAUGUGCUCGUAAAGCUGGAGUAGAGUGA